UGCCCUACAUAUUCCACACCAUCCAAGAAACAAUUGCCGGGUUCUCUUUUGUCUUUGUGUUUGAACAAAUGGUUCAAACAACUUUUUGUACUAUUAUUUGUAUUAUUAAAGAAAAUAAUACUUAAAAUGGAUCCAUCCACCCCCACCUCUAGUAAAAUGACCCAUGUUGGGUCACCAUCCCCCUCACCACCAAGUAAUAAGAGGAUAAAAUGGCAAAGUGAAAGUGAGUUAAAGAAUGGAUGUACGAUUCUUAUGACCGGUCCAGCGAAGUCAGGAAAGACCACCAUUUCUAAUUCCCUUACUAAAAUGCUCAAAUCCAACGGGAUUUUAGUGAAACAAAUAGAUGGAAAGUACUUGAGGGCCGGUCCCUGCAAAAAUCUGGAUUUUAACGAAGAGAAGGAUCGGUCGGAAUUUGUUCGUUUGGCUUCAGAACUUGCCAAAACAUUCACGGAAGAGGGAUUCGUGUCCAUCAUUUCCAUUGUGGCUCCAUUACAUGAGGACAGACAGAAAGCCAGGGAUUCUCAUGAGCAAGACGGACUGAAGUUUGUAGAUGUCUUUGUGGAUAGGUCAAGAGCGGAAUGUGAUGCAGAAACUGGCCUGAGAAGAAAUGUAAUAAACCCUAUUGAUGCGGACUACGAACCUCCCACAAAUCCAGAUGUUCAUCUCAAACGGAUUGGAAACAACGUGGAUGAAUUGACGAGACAACUUACUUCGAGAUUAGUUGGAUAUAAAAUUGUUCAACCGCUGUUCGCUCAACCUCAGUCGCCGUUUUCUCCAUCCAUUUCUUCACCCAGAUCAACAGUUCCUUCUCCCUUUACAGCAACACCUUCGCCCUCCUCAACGAUAUAUUCGUCUGAUUCGGAUUUGGGUGCUGGAGACUUGGACGAAGAAGGGGAUAGCGUCCCAAAAUUCAAACUACCAAGAAAGAGUGAUAUCCGAACAAUAUUCGACUAUGUAAAAAGUGUUCUUGUUCAAAGAGGUUUUGUUGGAAAGGAUGAAGAAAUUGACAAACAUCCAUUAUUUUUUGUGGAGGAAUGGACGACUCACUAUGAGACUCAUAAAGCAGGAAUGGAAAAAUUUUUCCCUGUCAAACUUCCUAUAUCAACUCGGAGCAGAUCAGUGACACCCACAACAACCCCAACCAAAGGUGCUAAGACUCCAACCAAAGGUGCGAAAACCCCUCAAAAACACGACGUUAAGAGCCCUGAAAAGAACGAGUGGGAAGGAUGCAUCCCUUUAUAUUGGGAUGGAUCAACGCUGUGUUACGGCGGUUUUCGAAAGGGCUUCCCUCACUUCCAAAAAUGCAAGCACUGUUGGUCUAAUUCACAAUCUCAGGGCAGUUUGUGUGGUAACCAUUCAACAACCCGAUUCAAACAUCUCGCCGUUCUGCAUGACGCUAAUGAGUGGACCACUUGUACUCAUGCUACGUUAUUUUAUCAAGGUGUACAUAAAAAAGUAUGGACGCCAGACCUGGUUAACAAAUCUGGUUGCAACAUAAUCCUCGUACAAAAAUACUUAUCUGAUCAUCCUAACGCACAAUUCACUCCUAUUUAUGAAAAAUCUUUUCUACUCUCCUCCCCGGAACGACUUACUGUCACGCAUUCUAUCACAUUGUCAAUUUCGCUCAUCACACUGUUCAGAAACAUGGAAAACAUCGAGUCUGACGCCCCCAUCAAACCACAUUCGUUCCUUCAUAAACAGUUGUACAUGGACAACGCUAAUUUGGCAGCGGUGGAAAAGAUUUUGGAAGGGAAUGGAGUGACUUUCACCGUGGGAAAUGAUGAUGAUGAUAGCAGUUCCUCGUUAAUCAACAAAGAUCGAUAUUGCUCAAAACUGCCUAGAAUCUAUUGUGGAGUUGAACCCAACAACAAAGUAAAUGUUGGAUUGAAAACGUCCAGGGUUGGGGAGGAGGAUCAUUCUGUUUACACCCAUAGUGACCAGUUCAAAUCAGGGCCCAUCUACCAAACCCCCCUGUUGGAUGAGCAGCUAGCGAUUGCAAACAACAUUGACACAUCCAAAUCUUUUAAGCAGUGGACGGAUCAGCAGAAGGAUGUGUUCGAUUUGGUGAAAAAAGAUUGCACAAGGAAGGAGGGAUUGGGUCAUGCAGCUCUUGUUCUUGCAGAAAUGAAGGGCCAAUCCUACAAUGGCAUCCUCAUUCAAAGGGACAAUAAGAAAUACGAGAAUGUACAUACUAUUGAAAGAGGGGACAGAGUUUUUGUACAGUCAGUUUUUAAGCUUUUAACAGGAAGAUCCCUUAUUGUUUCAGUCGAGCAUACCGAUAAUAUGAGUUUCAACGAUGAGAUAUAAAUAAAGGCAUUAUAUUCAUUUGCUUUCAUAUGCCACUCA